AUAAAGGAAAGGGGAGAUGGCUGUCUGGUUGUCUUCUUCCUCGUCGCGGCAUCGGUCCAUUGACCUCAAGCUCAUGUUGAUUCAGAUGCUAUGCGAUUCCCUUUGUCGGCGGGGAACGGUAGAAGAGAAGUCUCUGGUUGGUCUCCUGUGCGAGUUUGUGUUGAAGGAGUGUGGAGAUGAGAAGGCUCUGCUGGCGUUCAUCCAGCGCGGACCGUAUAUUCGCCGCACAAGGCGAAGGACACGUAUGAUUUGUUUGCGGCAGUUGGAAUCACUGAUCAAUCGUGGAAUCUUCGAUGAACAGACGGUCGCUUGUCUGUGGGUUCUUCGAGAUGAAAGCGCGGGAAAGGGCAACAAGCGCGGGAAAAGUGAUCACAGCAGCCGGUCGACAAUCUACACUCCACCGAAGGAGGAUUUGGUGGCGGCGGCAAUGAGAGUAGCUGCGCGCCGAGUUUCUCCGAGGGAGGCUGAGAAGAGAGGCUUAGGAGAAGGUAGGGUGAGGGGAGAGGAAGAGGAGAGAGGUGGGCAGGGGCGGAAGGAAGGCGGGGGGGGAAACGACAGGGUCGAAGAGAGAGAAAAAUGGGAGAGUGGAGUAAGCGGGGGGAGGGAGGGAGACAUGAUACAGGCUAUCAAACACGAGCUUCGCAGGCUGAGGGAGGCUGAUCGGAGGGAUGAGAACGAGAUGGUGGAGAAUGAGGAGGAGGAGGAGGAGGAGGAGUUAAAAAGGAAGGUGGGGGAAUUCAUAGCCAGCGCGUGGGCAGAGCUGGCGCCACCAUCUGUCGAAGAAGCUAUGAGGGUGUUGGCGUUGGCGGGGACCACCACUCCCGCUCUUUGUAGUGGUGAUUCGGCGGGAAGGGGUUUGGCGGGAAGGCGUAUGGCGGCUUCGAUGGGCGUAAAUGAGAGGGAGAAAGAAGGGACGAGAGCGGACCAGAGCGCGCCGGACUUAAAAAAAGCGCGGGAAGGUUUUUGGCGGGCGGAUUUGGCGGGAAGGCGUCCUGCGACUCCCUUGGGCGCGCCGAGCUCGGAAAGAGGGCGGGGAGACGUUCGUCAUGGUCAUUUGGCGGGAAGGCCUCUUGCAGAUUUGGCGGGAAGGUGUCUUGCGACUUCCAUGGGCAUCGACGACGGAAGGGAGUAUGGGUCGGGAUCGACUCAAGGCGCGCCGGACUGUGAAAUUCAGGGGGGAGAUUUCCGUGUUGGCGAUAUGGCGGUAAGGCGUCUUGCUAAUUUGGCGGUAAGUCGUCUUGGUGAUUUGGCGGGAAGGCGUCUGGCUGAUUUGGCGGGAAGGCGUCUUGCAGAGACGUCCGAGGGCGUUGACGAAGGGGGCGAAGGGUUGGGAACCGACCAGAGCGCGCCGCCGCCGAUCUUGGGAAAAGCGCGGGAAGGGUUGGGAAGCGACCAGGGCGCGCCGCCGCCGACCUUGGGAAAAGCGCGGGAAGUGAGCUUACUCCCUGUCCAGGCAAUCAACAGAAAGCGGAAGCCAUCCCUGGAAAUAACGCUUCAGGAGGGAGGAAUAGAUAUGACGCAAAGGGACAAGCGGAGGAGUAUAGACCGCGAAGGCGGCGACGGCCUGGGCACGAGAGAUUCGUCGCUGCCGACACGUUCUCGCGGGAUGGGAGAUGAAGGAGGGAGAAGAGAGGAAGAGGGAGGUACUGGUGGUGACGUGGUGAAGGCUGGAGAAGGCUUGCACAACGGACCCGAGCGUCUUGAUCCGGAAGGCGAUCGACGGCAAUUAAGGGAACGCCGAGAGGAAGGAACGUUGGUGAGGGAAGUGGGAGAAAAAGAAGUAGAGAAGAGAGGGGAGUCAGGCCCAAGGAUGGACAAGCUGGAGGGGAGAGAGGGAGGUGGUGGUGGUUCGAGGGGUGAGGAGGAGGGAGGAGAUUCAGAGGAGAGGGUGGAGGACGUUCGCGUAGGGAAAGAAAGAGAAGAGGAGAAAGUGGAUGCAAGAGGAGAGAAGAGAGGAGAGGGAGGCGAAAGGACGGUGAAGAGUGGGGAGUUGGGCGAAAGGAGGGAAACGGUGUUGUUGGGGGAAGCAAAAGGCGGGGGAGAUGCCGCCGCCGCCGCCGCUACCUCUGCCGUUACUGUUGACGUUUCCAGGUCGGCGUUUACUCAAGCGCGUUCCGACGUGGCGGCGGAAGGGUCGGGAUCGGGGUCGCGAUCGUGUACUGUUCCGCCGCUGGAGACGGUGGACGGCGGCGGCGAUCUUCGUCUUCACCCAGGCGCCGAAGGCGGGGGGAAGGGGGAGAGGAGGUUUGUGGAGCCUGCCACGGCGGCAGAGCUGCUUGACGUGUAUCCCGAUCUCCGACGAGAUCAGGCGGCGGGUACGGGAUUCGGAAGAGGGAGUGCUGUGGUUUUCAAGCCACGUGGCGGCGGCAUUACCGCGGGGCAGGACCACGUGGAAGUAGAAGUGGACCGCGAAGUGUCUCCCGCCCUCCGAAGCGGUCAGGCGGGCAGGGAAUUGGGCGGAAGUGACGACGGAGGCAUGGAGGUCGAUGAUGGACCAGGGGGAACAGGUGGAAAUAACGGUGAGCCGACACGUGGCACCAGUCCCGAUCGCCGUGGAAGUGUCCGGCGCAGAGCGGCUGCUCAAGAACGGGAUGAUGAUCACGCCAGGCGGAUGGCGGGCGAUGAUGACGUUGUUGCGCCGCGUCGGGAUCUUCCACGUGGCGUCAGUCCCGACCACCGCGGCGAGAAGGAGAAUGGUGGCCCGUCGCCUGCAGACCGCGACGGCGGUCGGGUGAUCGGUGAAGAAGUGAAGGCUGCUGAUGGUAGAGCAAGUGAGACGAGAGGAGGGGGGUGGAGUGACGCCGUGGUGGCCGUCGUGAGCCUGCCGCCACGUGGCAGGGUCGACGAGGACGAAGAGGGAUUUGUUGCUUGUACGGAUUCGGACGAAGAGGGUAGUGAUGAUCUUGCGAUGCCACGUGGACAGAUGCCGCCGCGGGAGAAGGACAAUCUCCUCAUGGAGAGAGGGGGAGGAGAGACUCGGAAGAGGGGUAGAGUGAUGUCAUCAACGGCGGCGGGGGCGGCGUGGAUCUCGACGACGAGGAGGACGAGGUCAGGGGAUCGGGACCCCAAUCCAUCGCGGUCGGAAGCGCGGACCGGAUCGCGACUGGAAGGAGGAUUGGGAGCAGGAGGUUCAGAAGAUAGGGGCCAACGAGACUCAGGCGUUGUCGGGAUCGGGAUCGGGAUCGAGACCGCAACCUCGACCAGGACGACAAGGUCAGCUCAUCGAGACCUGAGUCCAUCGCGUUCGGAAGCGCGGACGGGAUCGCGACGGGAAGGAGGAUUGGGAGCAGGAGGAUCAGAAGAUAAGGGGCAACGAGACGCAGGCGUUGUCGGGAUCGAGACAUCAAGGCGGGUUCGUGGCAAUCAUGAUGGCUGCGUGCUGCCGCCACGUGGAAGCGCACGGAGGACGAACGAAUCUUUUCCACAAAGUAUCGCGGAACCGACAGUGAGGUGGGAGUGUGAAGCCCGCAGCCGUGGAGAACAGCCACGUGGCGCAUUUACUGAAGGGGGGGGGAAAUGCGGUGUGGAUUCGGCUAGUGGAAGGAGGGAGGUUCCUGAGGCUGCUGUGCUGCCCUCUGCGUCCGGUGCAAGCGAACGCAACCAAUCGGGCCAAAGACAGUGGAAUGAAGAGAAACGAGGAGAGGAGCAGCAGGGGAAGUGGUCAGGGGUGGGAUGUGGUGCCACUGCUGACGGCGAAGGCGAUGUCGACGCUGAUAUUGACCGUGAAAAAUGGGAAGAAGCACGGAAGAGGUACAGUGCGAGGGGAGGUGUUCAUGCAACGUGUCGUGACCGGCUCCCGAGCACAUUAGCGACAAUCCUGAGAGCAAAGCAACUGCUGGGCACAGGGCAAGAAGGCACUUCCUCCUCGCGUGGUAGGGGUGGAGAGGGUCCACCGAAAGGACCGGAGGAUAGAAGUUGGAGCAAACGGGUUGUGUUGGAGGCGAAGACGUUACCUAGGCUGAGACCUCAGAGCGAGAACGACAGCGAGAGGAGGGGAACAAAGACAUCGUUAGUGGCGGGACGGACAUGCGAGGAUCUAACCGGAGGUACAAGUGACGAAGAUGAUCGAGCGGGGGCACGGGAAAGGGUUGUUUCGGAGAAGCAUUCGCGUAGAGGUCAGGUGUUUCUUUCCAAGACCAACGACGAGAGGACGCGAACGAGGGCAAACACAGUCCCAGAAGCUGAAUGCGAGGAAGUUGCACUCUCUAGUAGGGGUGGGAAUAAAAGGGUGGCCCCCGAGGACCGUUCCGGUAGAAGACAGGUGGCUCAAAGUAACGGAGAGAGCGGACGGGCAAAGGGGCGGAACGAAGAUGAGCAUGAGGACAUCUCUGAAGCUAGCGAAAGCGACAGUCAGGAAACAAGACACAGCGACCGGAGUUUUCAGUGCGGCAACAGGGCGGAGAGGAGAGCGACAGGGGGAAAUGUGGGGAGCUCGAGAGGAAGAGGGUUGGGGUUCUUGGAUCGCCGUCCGACUGCACGCAGAGAGGUGUGGUCGGAGGAGCAGGAGGAAGACGUCCGGAAUCCGGUGACGCCGGCUGCUAGUCAUCCUCGUGUGCCAGCAACGACUUCCGGAUGUUUGCAGGCUACUUAUAGGCGGGGCGACAUGCUGAAGGGGAGACUGACGUCUUCAGCGGCAGCUCGUCAGAGCAAUGCAGACGUCCAUAGAAAGCGAGGCCCGGGGCAGCGGAGAGUGGUAGUGAAAUUCGCCGAGGAGGAGGUUGCAGCGCUAAAAGAAGGUGUACAAAGAUUCGGGUUAGGGAAUUGGAAGGUCAUUCUCAAUGCCUACGAGGAUGUAUUUCGUGGCCGAACCGCGAUUGACCUUAAAGAUAAGUGGCGAAAUAUGUGGAAGACGGGAGCUGUAUAACCUCCACCAGGAUGACCGGAGCUGUCCUGAUGAAACUCGGGCAGAUCGUACACUCGCCUGCAAUGUGCCAAUCUGAUGCGCUGCUCAGCUCAUUCUCCCCUUGCAGCCCGGACAGUGUAUCGUCAAUGGAUUUCAACAUUUGAUUCCUCUCUCUCUCUCUCUCUCUCUCUCUUCACAACCACUUCGACAAAGGCAUGCAGGCACCUAUAGUUGUUGCCUAUGAUGUUGCCUCAAGAUGAGUUAAAGCUUGAGGUACACCAUCCUGUGUACCUUUACGUUGAGGCGGGCACGCACCCCCUGAGCUCAGUCCAGUACAGUCUUCUGCGGUAUUGCCGGUAUGGCGAAGGACAACUGUUACAGCCUUGCUGUUUGUAACAGGGUAUCUUUUUUUCCUCUUUUUUUUUUUGUGUGUGUGUGUCUGUCUGUGUAACAGGGCUUUCUGACUCUGCCUCUGUUCUGUCCUGACCCUCUUCCGUCCGGCACCUUCCCGCCCAGCUAGUCGUCAACUUCACGACCAGGUACAACGAUUCUUCUCGCAUUCAGACCCAAAAAACUGUUGAAUGCACGACGUUGAUUGCUCCUGCGA